AUGCUACUCUGUCGCCUCGUGCUAGCACUGAUGCUGCUCCUACUGCUCCACUAUGGCAGCGCAGGGGAGACGCAGGCCACAGAUGCACCGCCGACGCCCGCCAUCCAACGAUCCGCUGGCCGAGCGGGUGGCUCGCUGCUGUCGCACAACGAUGCCUACAUAGCGCGCAACCAGCGGCAGUGCUUCGACACGCGCAAUCUGAUGUCCUGCAUCAAGUACAAGGCCUCGAAGCUGAUCUGGAAACUGGCCACCAACGGCAUGGGCUUUUUCCCCAACGAGUAUGGACGGGAUUUGGCAGCGGAUAAGCAUCGACUCCUGCGGCUGGUCCAGUUGGGGGAGCCGGCCGACGACAUUGUGGUGUUCAACGAUGCCAAGAGCUUGGAAGGUGACAGCGAGCUGACGCUCAUCUUCAAGUUCCUCAAGCGGGCGGUGGAGACGUUCGGGCGCAACCACGGCCUUCAGCUGGCGCUCUCCAGCGAGACGGGGGCCCGCGUCAUGGACGAGUCGGAGGCACGUCUGAAGCGCAAGAAGAAGAAGUGGCUCAUCAUUCUGCCGCUGGUGAUUCUGAUGAAAAUCGCACACCUGAAAAUGACUCUCGUGUCCAUGCUGCUGACGGUCAUCGGCAUGAACGUGCUGCUGGUCGGCGGCGUGGGCUGGCUGAUACACUAUCUGAAGUACAAGACCAUGUGCAAGAUCCAUCCCCACCUGGUGCAGACGCACUCGCACGUCUACGACUCGGAGCCCUCGGACUACUCGCAGUUCGUGGGCAGCAGCAACUCCUACUCCCCCUACAGCUCGGGCGCGGGUGGGCCGCACGACAUCCCGGGCAACACCUACAGCAAGGACUGGGCCACGAGUAAGGCCUACAACGGCUACAACUAUCUGGACACAAUUAGCAAGCGGAUACAGUAG